AUGUCAAGUUCUGAUUCAUCUGAAAGUGACUAUGUUAUGAGAAGUGAUAAUGAAGAGUAUAGUAAUGACCUUGAAAGUGAUAGUGGAAGUGACAUCAUCAUUCGUUCUAAGAGAUUACGAGUUAUUAGUGAUAGCAGUGAUGAUGAUGAAGUAACUGCAAGUACCUCCGAUGACGAUAUUACUGAUGAGUUUUUACCCGUGGACACAAUUUUUUCGAACGAAUCGAAUACUUUUUCUGAAGUACCUGGUCCAAAGCAUGCCCCUCCUCCUGAUGCGAAACCAAUUGAAUAUUUCAAUAAAUUUUUUUCAAUUUCGCUCUUCACUACAAUGGCGACAGAAACGAAUCGCUAUGCCGAGCAGUUUUUGAAUUCCAGAAGAAGAUUAGGACGACAUUCACACAUGAAAUCAUGGGUGCCAGUAACUACUACAGAAAUGAAAGCAUUUGUUGCGGUUCUGUUUGAAAUGGGCAUUACAAAACGACCAUCAAUAAAGUCCUAUUGGAGUAAAGGUUCGAGAAACAUCCCGUGGUUUGGCAAAAUGUUUACUAGGGAUAGGUUUCAGUUGAUCUUGAAGUUUUUCCACCUGGUCGACAAUAACAGUUUAGCGCCAUCAGGACAUCCAAAUUACAAUCCGUGUGGUAAAUUCAACUUCAUAGUGGACUACGCGAAUAAAAUCUUCCGAGAACAAUAUACGCCACACUGUCAGAUGAGUAUAGACGAAUCUUUAGUUGGUACCCAUUGUCACUCUAUUAUAAAGCAGUAUCUUCCCAACAAAAAACAUCACAAAUGGGGAAUCAAGUUUUGGAUGAUGUGUGAUUCUAUUUCAAAUUAUUGUUUGGGAUUUUUUUGUUAUCAAGGUGCAAAGUCAAACGAUGAUAAAGAUGAAAUAAAAAAGAAUGGCCUCGGCUAUGUAGUGGUUGAGAAAUUGUUAACACUAGGAGAUUACAUGAAUAAAGGAUACCAUAUAUAUAUAAAUAAUUUUUUCACAAGCAUUCACCUUGCCGAAGCUCUGUCACAGAAAAACACAUAUCUAACUGGCACCAUCCGGAGAAAUAGAAUGCAAAUUCCAAAUGAAGCAAAAUUUGCACAAACUGGUCAUCCGAAGUAUUUCAAAAGCGACAAAGUACUUAUGUGCUCUUACCGAGACAAAAAAUCUAAAAAAAAUCCCGUCAUAUUGAUCUCCACCAAUUGCAGAACAGGAAAUAUAACAGUUACAAAAAAGAAAGGAAAUAUUCAGUAUGUAAAGGAAAAACCAAUUAUUAUUUACAAUUAUAACAAAUUUAUGAACGGAGUUGAUGAAUCCGACAAAAUGUUAUAUGUAUAUCUCGAUGAAAGGCGAACUCUUAAAUAUUGGAAGAAAGUUGUUUUUAACAUUUUUGCCAGAAUGGUGCUAAAUGCUUAUAUAAUUUAUUCUGAAAAUUGUCGUGGUAAAAAAUUAAAUAGACUGCAAUUUACUUCGAACAUUAUUGACACUAUAGCGGAGGAAUGGUUAGCAAGCAAAAAUGCCACAGGAACAUCACCAAUAAGUAACAAGUUUUCUUUAGAAAAAUUGCCUGGGCGAAAUUUGCGGCAGUGUAAUGUAUGCAGUAAUAAAAAUGAUAAUGGAAUUAAAUGA